UCCCAUGAUUGCUCAACUCUACCCAAUGAAACUCCUCUCCCCCUGCCCCAUCUCACAUGUGAGGUGACAGCGGCUGCACAUACUCUCAUCAGACUUGCAGCUCAGCGCUUGCUGCAUACACUUGCUGGGCUGCAACUUUUUCUUCCUCUCUCCCCUCCCUCACUUCGACGGACAGCAAUGAAGUCAGAGUGAUGUCAUAUAAGGAUGCGAGUGCCUGGCAAGGUGACAUAGGUUUUUGGUGAGUGGUAUUCUCCACAGCCAGCGUUGCCUAUCGAGAGAGGCGCGGAGCUGCAAAAGAUGAUCAUCACCACCACCUCAAGCUCUGUCACACUCUCUCCUUUCUCUACUCCUCUUUCGGGCUGUCAUUUCAUGCCAGAAGACCUGACCUGCCUUCCAAAAAUAAGCCUUUACCGCCAUGCCGAAGGAAGAAAAACAAGAAGAGAGGUAUUUUUAGGGCCAUUAACUUUGACCACGUGCCCCGAAGGUAAACUGGAUGGCCAUUGCGCAAAGGUUCUUCAUCGGUAUGUGCAACGAGGCAAGCACGCACUGGACGUUGACUGCAAUUGUUCUCUUGGGGUCUCUAUUGGGGAUUGUGUCAUCAUAUCCGAUUCCAAGCAGGACUAAUGCAACUUUAUUGGAGCAAAGGUGGGAGACCCUCUUUUCCCGCUCUGUUCUGGGAAUCUCUGGGUCGAAAUCGGACAUGAACUGGGAGAGUGACUAUUUGCUGGGCAUCAAGAGAGUGCGGCGACUUUACUGCAAUGUGGGCAUUGGAUUUCACCUGCAGAUCCUCCCUGACGGCCAAAUAAACGGUGUACAUAAUGAGAACCAGUACAGUCUAAUAGAGAUCUCUACGGUGGAGAUAGGAGUGCUAAGUAUGUAUGGGGUGAGAAGUGAGCUGUUUGUCGCAAUGAACAGCAGAGGAAGGUUGUAUGGAACGAAAUUCUUCCGGGACGAGUGCAAGUUCAAGGAGACUUUGCUGCCAAACAACUAUAAUGCCUAUGAGUCUUCGGUUUACAAGGGCUCCUACAUCGCCCUCAGCAAACAUGGCCGCGCAAAGAGAGGCAACAAGGCAACCACCGCCAUGACUGUCACACACUUCCUCCCACGAUUAUUAUGAUCAAAGUUGGCAAUAACUCACUAAUUUGCACAUGUGGAUGUUCUCCCAGGUAAUAUAGAAUUACACAGUAUACAUAUACACCAUUACAAAAGGACUGCAAAAACUACACAAGUAUUUAUUAUCUUUCUAUAUGUAUAUUUGGGUAGCUACCUUUGUAUUAGAACUUAUGUAUGUGUCAUUAUUUGCUGCUUAUCACAUAUCAUUAUCGAUUGAGGAGUGUAAAGCCUUUGCCAGUCUUCGCUUUACUUUGAUGCGUGCCAUAAUGGAAGUACGCUUCACCCUGCCCCAGUAUCUGUGCGUUAGACAUGUCGAUGAUGAGUAUGACGUGUCUUCUUUCUAACUCCCAGGAAGCUCCAAAUCCAACUCCCAUUAGACAGAUCUGUUAUAAUGUCAAAAUACUUUCAGCUGAGAAACUAUCGUCAUUUAAUCCCGUUACAGCCGGUAUGGACUUCCAAAAAAGGACAAACAAAACAUUUACAAGCAACUAACAUUUUUUUCCUAUUUCGCACCUCCAAUGUAUUGAGAUGUUGUAAACUUCGGACCUGUGCAUGGUAUUAAUGAGUGAUUGGAUGUGCUGAAUAGGCAUUUUUUCUGUUGCUUCUCAAUUUUUAUUGACACCUUUUCUGGAAAUACAUACUGGUCGUAACUUGAGUAAAUUAAGAUAGUUGCUCAGCCAAACUACAUAUUUGCUCAGUCAAACUCCAUAACAAACAUAUUUUGACAUUAUAACGCUUGCAUAGCUGUCUAAUGGAAGUUUGAAUCGGAGCUUCCUGGGCGUUAAAGACAUCUCUAACUCACAGAUACUGGGGCUGCUUCACCCCGUCUUCGGGGUGGAUGACUAAUAUCCUUAGCUUUUAGGAGUGAAAUGGAUACUUUUUAUUACCUCAAAGAACCACUUGACUGGAUAAAGAGAUGCAUGGAGUUACUGUAUGCUCAAGGAAAUACCUGUUUAGUUUAUCCUUUUUCUGAGACCUUUGAGCACUUGCUGGUUUGCUAUUUUCAAGCAAAAAGGGGGAUUGAGAACGAGACUUCUUAAAUGCACUUCCCUUGCUGCACGAUGUGAAGGUGCCUUGGUGUUCCCACUUGUGGCCCCCUUAAACUUGCAUGUAAGAGACACCCACUGUAGUCAGAAAUAGGGCUGACACUCC